UCCCCCCCUGCUCCUUCAACCUUUGCUCUUUGUCUUUGUUUGGCUUCACCCUUCCUCCGGUAGCUCUCACUGCACUGGCCACAGACUUCCUUUAGGUCAGCCCAGCUGCGGCUGCAACACAACUUGCAGCCAAGUCGCAAACACUGGUGUGCCACUGAGACUGCCCCGGAGGAGAGAAAUGCCAGCCAGAGAUUGAUGGCCAGCUCAGUCCAGCAAUCUGAGUCUCCACGAAUGUCAGGGAAGCCUCUCCAGGAGAUCAGAGGAGGCAGGAGAUGGAGUUACAAACAUCGCAUCUGCAAGCUGAGGUGGAAGGCGGCUGAGAAAUGAGGAAGACCACACACUCCUUGUUGGCCCAGAGCUGGCGUACAGCAGCAGCACCCUUUCCCCUACGGGGAAUAAAGUGCAUCCAUUAAAGUACACUUUGAAGUGUGUGUCCUGAUGGUUUUUGUAUCCUCCCAGACAGACCAUCCCCAUAACGUCGUGGCUUUUCUGUACCUGCCGGCUGCUUGGCAGCCCCACCACGCACCGCUGGGUGCAGGGCACUGCUGCCAUGAAGGUCUUAUUUAAGCGCAUGGUGCUAAAGACGCACCCGUGUCACGAGUGUGGCAAAUCCUUCAGCAAGAAGGGAAACCUGAAAAGACACCAGCGGAUCCACACGGCAGAGGAGCUCUUCACUUGCGGGGAGUGUGGGAGGCGAUUCACCACCCGGGGCCACCUCACGACCCACCAGAGCAUCCACACAGGAGAGAGGCCCUUCUGCUGCGGGGAGUGCGGGCGCUGCUUUCGCCUGGAGAUAUGCCUGGUCGCCCACCAGAAGACACACGCCAAGGGUGGUCCCUACCUCUGCGCCCGCUGCGGCAAGAGCCUGAGCACAAAGAUCUACUUCAACAUCCACAUGCGGACCCACACGGAGAAGAGGCCAUUCGCCUGCACCGAGUGCGGGAAGAGCUUUGUGAAGAAGGGGACCCUCACCGCCCACAAGGAGAUCCACAAGCGAGAGAAGCCCUUCAAAUGCCCUGACUGCAGUAGGUGCUUUGGGCAAAGUGCCACGCUGCUGGCCCACCAGAAGAUACACCUCCGCGGGGGCCCUUUCAUUUGUACGGAGUGUGGGAAGAGCUUGAGCACCAAGCGGUAUUUCAACGUCCACCAGAGGAACCAUGCUAAGCAAAAGCCACUCGAGGGACACGUCAAUGGUGUGUCUCUCCAGGUCAUCCAGAUUAAAGAGGAACCUGAUUUUACCUUCAGGUCAGAGGAUAGUAUGUCGGAGAAUAUGUCCCAUGAAGGAGAUGCAGCUCAGGGGUGUAGCAUACCUAGAAACCCAUCUAAUCCAAAAAGCCCUCCUUGGAAAAUCCAGAUGAAGGAGGAACCAGACCCACCCACUGAUAACACAGCCAACAUUACUGCGAUAGCCUGUCAGAAACUUUACAUCAAGGAAGAGCCACCAGAAAACCCAGACUAUGGAAAGCUCUUUGAUCCAAAGAUCCCACUGACGGCUUUACAGGGGAGACAGCUUAAAAAGGAAGAAGAGGCUGAUGAGCAGCAUGAAUGGGAAGUCCCCAUAGCCAGUAACCGGGUCCUCCAUAUGAAGGAAGAACCACGGGAAAGCACUGACUUUGGGAUGUAUUAUGGGCAGAAGCCAAACCUCAGUGCUAUCCAGAGAAUCCAAAUUAAAGAAGAACCCGGUGUGGAGGCCAACCACCAGGAGAGCCAGAGCCCAAAGAGGAAGCAGAAGAAAUGCUAUCGGCCCACCAAAGAGGGGAUGAUGGAGAACCAGGAGAAACCCAUGUCCAAGAAAGAUCCCUCAGCAAAAGGAGCUCCCAAGGUUGAACGGAUAUUCCCCUGUCCCGAGUGCGGGAAGAGCUUCAAUCAGAAAUCAAACCUGACCAGACACAGGAAGAUUCACACGAGCGAGGGGCCGUAUAAGUGCAGCGAGUGCGGGGAGAGCUUCCGCAUGAACCGCAAGCUGAUCCGCCACCAGCGAGUCCACAUGAGCGAGCCCUUCAAAUGCAUCGAGUGCGGGAAGAGCUUCACCCAGAGGUCAAAUCUGGUUCGGCAUCAGAGGAUUCACACCAAGGAGGAGCCCUACCAGUGCCCUGAGUGCGAGAAGACCUUCAACCAGAAGGCCAACCUCUUCCGCCACCAAACAAUCCACGUCCGAAUGGGGCCUUGCAAGUGCACCAAGUGUGGGAAAUGCUUCCCUCAGAAGCGCCAUCUUAUUAAACACCAGCUGCUCCAUUCCCGAGGUGGGGCCUACAAGUGUGGGGUCUGUGGGAAGCGCUACCGGCUGAAGAAGUACCUGAGGAGGCACCAGAAGAUCCACGCACGGGAAGGAACUGCUCCCUGUGCAAAACGAGGGGAGGCCACAAGGACCGGCGGUGGACCCCACCACCCUGAGCAGACAGCUCUGGCCCCCAUGAAGAGCGAAGAGGAGAACGUCUUCCUGGCCACCAGCCCCAGCAGCCUUGCAGAGCCCUGGUGCUGCGCAGGAAACCGAGGACAUCAGUACCAGGGAUUGCACCACCCCAGAGAUCCUCCAGAAAUGGGUCUAGGUGUGCCCUUCACCGAGACGGAUUUACUUCUAGAGGUUCUGAUGACCGUGAGUUGGUCCCUGAUGGUUAUGACCACCAACCUUCACCACCCCUCUGAAGGAAAAGUGAUGUUGGUUCCUGCUCAGAGAUCAGCACAGCAGGAGGAGCCCCCCACCCCCACAAACCACCAGUUUCUUGUCACACCACCCGGGCCCCCACCUCUGAAGAACCAGGUGAUGGAACAGCCAGCCACGAUGACGCUGGAGCUCUUGGAGGCAGAGAAUUUUCUCAGCCACACUCGGGAGAAGUCGUACACUUGCAUGAUUUGUGGGGACAGUUUUAAGCACAAGGGCAUCCUGGCAGCCCACCAGAAAUCCCAUAAGGAGGAGAUAGAGGCUGAAGGCUGUGAGGAAGGCGGUGUUGACCAGGCUGGAGAGCUGCAUGACCAAGAAGCCAUCAGAGCUGGAGAGAAGGCCAAUGGGAGAGACCAUAGCAAGCACAGCACACAGAGUGAUCCUGAGAGAAGGGAGAAGCCCCAUGCCUGCACUGAGUGCAGGAAGAGCUUCAAGAUGAAGGUAGACCUCACCAAGCACCUCCGGACUCACACGGGCGAGACACCAUUCCCCUGCACCGACUGUGGCAAGAGGUUCAUCACCAAAUCACAACUCAAGGAGCACCACAGGAUCCACACAGGCGAGCGGCCGUACAAGUGCCUGGACUGUGGGAAGAACUUCACCCAGAAGUCACAGCUCAUCGUGCACCAACGGAUCCACACAGGUGAGAAGCCCUACCAGUGCAGCAGCUGCCAGAAGAGCUUCGUGGACAAGUCACAGCUGGUGGCACACCACCGGAUCCACACGGGUGACCGUCCCUUCAAGUGCGGUGUAUGCGGCCGUGGCUUCCGCCAGAAGAUCACCCUCAUCAAGCACCAGCGGGUCCACAGCACCAAGGGCACCCAGUGGGACGCUGCCAGGGCCAUCGUGGCCGAAUCCACUCCGGCAGGGAAGAAGAUCUUCCACUGCAACAGCUGUGGGAAGGAGUUCAAGAAGAAGUCAGUGCUGGUGACCCACCAGAGGAUUCACACCGGGGAGGAGCCCUACCCCUGCCCUGCGUGCGGGCGAUGCUUCCAGCAGAAGAUCCACCUCGCCCGGCAUCAGCGGACCCAUGAGCGGCCCGGUGCCCACGUUUGCAGAACCUGCGGGGACCGCUUUGGCAGCAAGAGGGAGAUGCUGCGGCACCACCAGGGCCACCAUCCCCAGCAAGCCCCUUACAUCUGCACCACCUGUGGAAAGCGCUUCAGCCAGAAGGUCGGCCUCACAGCCCAUCGCCGUGUCCACGCACGGGAAAAGGAGACCACCAGUGCCUCAGGGGGUGGGCAGCCCCCCACCACCCUCGGUGGUACCCACGCCUGUGGGCAGUGUGGAAAGACGUUUACCAAGAAGGGCAACCUGGCCAACCACCAACGGGUUCAUGCCGAGGGUGGGGGUCACCACUGCGGGGCUUGCGGCAAGGGCUUCACCAAGCAGGGGGAGCUGACCAAGCAUGAGCGGACCCACACCGGGGAGAAGCCCUACGGGUGUGGGCAGUGCAGCAAGCGCUUCGCCCAGCGUACCCAGCUGGUCACCCACCAGCGCGUCCACACCGGCGAGCGGCCCUACCCCUGUGGUGACUGUGGCAAGCGCUUCGGCGACAAGUCCCGCCUCACCGUCCACCGGCGCAUCCACACCGGUGACCGGCCCUUCCCCUGCCCCACCUGCGGCAAGGGCUUCCGCCAGAAGAUCGCCUUGGUCAAGCACCGCCGUGUCCAUGAGCGUGGCAGGGACAAGGGAGGCGGCGAAGACACCAGCGCCAACACUGACGCCAAUGCUGACACCGAGGCCAACAGCGAUGGUGAGGCCAGUGGCAACAGCGAUGCCAACGCCAACACCGAUGCCAGCAUCAAGACCGAUGCCGAUGCCAAGGUGGCUGGCAAAGAUGAGGAGAGCCUGGCUGUCCCCCGUCGGCUGCUCCCCAUUGGCGAGCGACCCUUCUCCUGCAGCGAGUGUGGGAAGGCCUUUGCCCAGAAGGCUCAGCUGGAAGUCCACCACCGCAUCCACACUGGGGAGCGUCCCUUCCCCUGCGCCGACUGCCCCAAAGCCUUCAUCGACAAGUCCCGCCUCGUCGUCCACCGCCGCACCCACACCGGUGAGCGCCCCUUCCCCUGCGCUGCCUGUGGCCGAGCCUUCACCCAGAAGGUUGCCCUCACCACCCACCAGCGGGUCCACACGCGGGAGCACCAGCCACCACUAGCCCCAGUUCCCCUCGGACCGCAGGGUGAGGAGUGGCCCUUCACCUGUGCCAUCUGCGGGAGAGGUUUCCGCAAGGAGAUUGCCCUCAUCACCCACCGGAGGGUCCACACCAAGUAUGAGCCCAACCGCUGCAGCAAGUGUGGGCAGGUCUUCCCCAACAGGGCCCAGCUCCAUCUCCACCAGCCCUCCCAUGCCGAGGACCGGCCAUUCAAGUGUGCCACGUGCGGGAAGGACUUCAAGAGGAAGGAGAUCUUGAUUACCCACCAGCGGGUCCACACGGGAGAGGCACCCUUCCAGUGCCGCCAGUGCAGCAAAAGCUUCUCACAGAAGGCCAACCUCAUGAAGCACCAGCUCACUCACACCCGCCGGGGCCCCUUCAUCUGCUCCGACUGUGGGCAAAGCUACACCACUGUUGGACAUUUCAAGAGGCAUCAGAAGAACCACCUCAAGAAGCAAAGCCCUCCUGGUGAGGGAGAGGAACUCCCUGAGGACCUGGCAACUGGCCGUGUGCCGGUGGGUGGCCACAGCAGCCCCAUCAUUGUGGUGAAGACAGAGGCUGAUGCUGAUGACUAUGAGGUCCUACAGGUCCCAUGAUGGUAAGGAUCAAGGACUCAGGGAAGGAAGGGCUGAUGCCUGCUCACUUGGGUAUGGGGUUGCUGCGCGCACCACCAAGAUCCAUGGUCCUGUGGGAACUGCUCCCCUGGAAACACAUCACAGUAUUUGGUGUGAGCCAGGAGUGGAAAACCUGUGAGGAUCUGGACUUCAGCACGCGGCAAUCCCUGAAUCAAACCUUAGUCAAAACUGGCUGACACAAUGUGAAAUUUGGGGGUGAGGGAGGGAUAUAAAAACAUAUUUUGGCUUCUUUUUUUAUACCUUAUAGAAGAGUCCUCAUUUCAAGAGGUUUGGUGGAGGUUUUUUUGCUAACAGGAGGGCUGAGAAGCUCGGUUUUUUAAAUCAAGUAAAUGAAAUCUGUGAUUUCAGAUAUAUUCACAUGACUCCAAGAGCUGGAGCUUUAAAAAAAAAACAAA